AUUCACACUAUCCUUUGCAAUUUUCUGAUAAAGGCGCAGUGAAAUGGAUGCUAACGCACUGAUCACCGAAGUAAAGCAGCGUCCCGCUCUCUGGGAUGCCAGCCAUCCGGGGCACGGUAAACGAGAGGAGAUGAGAAUUCAAUGGCUCGGCGUGGCCGCGGCAAUGGAAGCCAAUGUGGAACUGUGUCGCAGCAAAUGGCAAAGCCUGCGAAGCAGGUGGCAGAGCCGUGCCAAUAGUUCUUCGCGACCUCAGUGGCAGUAUGCCGAAGCCAUGAGUUUCCUGGGCGGGCAUCGGGCAGAUGAGGUCCCAGACGCUGAGGAGAAUUUGGAGCCGGAGCAGGAGCAUGAGCGCGACGCUGACGUAGAUUUCAUGAUGAGCUUUGUGCCAAAAAUGAAGAAAUUGGGCAGCGUGCAAAAUGCGAACUUUCGCGUGAUGGUUAGCGAAGCAUGGUUGCGAAACCUGCAACAGCCGCCCAUGCCACAAUCGCAACAAGCGAAAAGGGAGCAGGAAACAAACCCCGUCUCCAGCUCUAAUAUGUAAAAUUGUAAUAAUAGUAAUAGUAAUAGUAAUAAUAAUAAAUUGUUAUUUUUGCUGA